CCCAGCUGUGGGGCACACACCCUGACCCACAGCUCUCACAGCUACAUGGCAAAGCCCACGUGUGCAUUUUUAGGGUCUGAGGAACAGCUGUUCUUGUUCUUCCCAUCAGCUUCCUUGCAUGGAAGGUCCAGGUUAUCCUGCACAAAAGGUUGUGCUGGGAGAGUGCUGGAGGUUUUAAACUUCACAGGCAAGCCCACUGCUGCCUUAGGAGUUCUUGUUUGCUUUGCUGCCUCUAAUUUGAAUUUCUUCAGAAACGACAGUGAUUUCACUAGAACAUUCUGAGCUGAAGCAGGGAUGAGGAGUCUCUGAGCACACAGGCACAAAAGGGAGAACACAUUUUCUCCAGGUCUGUUUGGAAUGCAGCAGCUCCAGCCUGCUGGAGAAGUCUCUCUCUCUGCAGCAUGGGCUGCUCCCGGGGUUUGUCACCACUCUGAUGGUUGGAAGUCACUUUGAUAAGGAUCACAGAGGCCUGAUUAAAAGGAGAGCAAUAACAGAGUGAGAGUGAAGGAACACGGCUGGGCUGAGCCCGAGCAGAGGCUGCACUCUGGAACAUUCCAGCACUCUGCAGGCCAGGCACUGCUGGGGACUGGAGCAACAAAGGUCCUUCCCUGCUCCCACUGGGAAACAGCAAAGUUAUAGAAGGUGUGGAUGCUGCAUCGAUACAGAAACAUUAAUGGUUCGACUGUGCAUACAUAUGGGAAAGAGAUGAGAGAUGGUCCUAAACCUGAUGGUUCCUUUUUAGGUAAUUCCAUAAAUUUACAUCACCCAUAUAAUAUGUUAGUGAAAAGCAUCAAAAAUCUUUAAAGGCUUUUCUAAUGAGCUCAGAAAUGAAAAAAUCAUUCUGUCCACAGAACAGAUCUUCUCUGCUUUACAAGUAUUUGCACAGUCAAAUAUUUAAUAAUCAAAAAAUGUUUAAAAAUCAGCCAGGAGGGAAUUCAGUGUGUGCAUCUCUACAGGAGGAUGAAGGAUUCAUAGCUCACCUGUAUUAUUCAGGCACUUCAGUGUCCUGCUCCAGAGAGACACACGGUGACUGUGACAGAAAGGAAACAUCCCAGGGCAGUUCUCAGCUCCAGAAACACACAGGGAUAUGGCCCAGCCUCAUGGCCAGCAGGGUUCCUAUAAACCAAGGUGCUCCACACCAAGGUGGAACUACUACCAAAAAUGAAAUAGCAGCAAUGCUAAAGACAAAACAAGAGCACCCUAUGAGCCUGUGACUUAAAAAUUACCUUAGAUCUAUAGGCAAAAUCUGUGAUUUCUGAUCCUCCUUUAUAUACAAAGAGUGGUAACUACACAAAGCUAAAAUGAAAUGUCAAGGUGAGUGAAAGUUCUCCCCCCUUAGUGGUUUGAACCUUUCUUUCCUUUCAUUGUUGUUAUUUUUUAAAGUAUUUUCCAAGCCUGAAAUAAAACUUGCCCUUACCAGAAGAACUCUACCAUAUGUACAAAUCCCUGCUGUGAAUACAUAUGGAAAAAGACACCAGUAAAUAAAAUAGGAAAUAAUGUGGGUUGUCAGAAGAUAAAUAAACAGAUUAAGACAUUAUUUUGGCAAUUUUUUUGCUCUUCUUUAAUCAUUCCAGGGAAUUUUGCAUUUACUAUCACUAACAAACCCACAGCUCUUCUAUCUUGGCUGUGCAAAGCAUGUCUAAGGAAUAUCCCUGGAAUCACUGAUGGGGAUUUGAACACGACAAUCAAUUUUACUCACCACAGCACAGUUUGUGACAAAGGGUCCCACUGAGCAAAGCAGCAUUACCCAGACCCAGAGGCAAAACAGCACAAAAAACCAAAAACCUUUUGCCUGUAGCAAACUCCCUCUUUCUGCACCAAUAACAGACUGUGCUAAAGCCCAGAAACUGUUUAUGCUGCUGAGGUGUCACUACCAGCCUACAGCUGAGAACCAGGAGAAAUUAUUCCAUCACCAAAGUGCUCGGAAUCUUUCAUCAUCUUUCAGCCAUUGAGAGAUCAAAUAGCAAGAUAAAAUCAGGAGGUUUUGAAAGCAAUUGCAUAAGCAGCAAUAGAGCAAUGCUGGUGCAGACACGGCAGGGCAAAGGAUGCGGUCAGGAAAUGUUAAAUAAUCCUGAAUUUACAAUCAACAUCCCACCAAGGCAGCCUUUGGAAAGCAAGGACUGUGCUGCAUUGUCAUCUGCAAGAGGUCCUGGCUGGGAGAAGGAGAGCAGAGCACAAAUGGCAGCUCCUUGGGCGAGCCCUGUGCUCCUGCACCUGAGGUUUAGGGGAGAUUGCUGCAUUUCCUAACUCCCUGCAGUCAUUAAAGGCUCCAUAACCCCACAGAGAGGAGGGCAGGAGAUGAAGACAUUUCAGAAAGAACAAAACUGUCACUAGGAAACUGUGCACGUUCUCCUGGGCAAACUGGGGACACUUUGGGUCAAUCUACAGCAAGACACAAAUGCUGGGGUUGUGCUGCUUUUUGCACAUCUCCCUUCAGACACUUGGCUUUGGCAUCCAACCUCCCUAGUGAGGAUGGAAACCCUUCCAUCCAGGGUCAGCUUCUGGGGAUCAGGGCAACACAAGUCUGGGGUCAUUUUUUGUGGUCUCAACAGUCUGAUUUUAUUUGUAUUAAAAAUAUAUUUCAGCUUUUCUCUCGGGAUGCUAUUUUAAUCUCAAGGAUCUUUGCUUUAAGAACAGUAGAUAUAAUUACUUUAUCACCUACAAUAUAUGACACAUUAACAAUAGAGAGAGUGAGCUGCUUUAUGUUAAAUGAUAAAAAGUCUUCCCACACACUAGUUUUUAAAUAAUUGUCUGAAAUAAAACAACUUCUAAUUGGGAUACAAUUGACUUUAUAAUACAAUUAACACAUCCUUGAUCUUCAUUCUAUUUUAGAUCAACAGCUUUGAUGAAAAGAGUUCAGUAUUAUUUUUCUUUUUGAAUUCUAGGACUUAGCUGGUUGUGAGCUGCCCUAGCCCUUUCUUCACAAAGAAGGGAUUUUAGUUUUUAAACAAGAAUCCUUCUGCAUUGUUUGAAAUAGCCUGCUCAUAUUAAAUAAGAUGUUUUCUAAGUGCUGGCAGGAAUACACGAGUUCAAUCUUCACAGACAAGUCACACAAUCCUAUUAAUAAAACUCUUGCACUAGCACGGAUGGUGAGAAAAGGAACAUAAGCUGUGUAGAAAAUCUGAAAUGCACAAAGUCGGAAAGAACGAAAGAGAACAAACAACAAUCUUUAGCAAUAGCAGCUACAAAACCUUAGCAAAGGAAGUACCUAUUCCAGAAACCACUCAAUGAAAAGAAUAUGUCACCCAAAAGAAGUGAGAUGUUCAACCGAGCCUCAGAAGCCCAAAUGUGGGCUGGAUUGCCUGAGAUAGCUGCACAAAAAUACUGUUCAGCAAAUUAUUCUUGGCACAAACAAGAAGUUUGGUAAAUGCCCUGGGAGAAGGAAACACCCUGAUGGUGACACCCAGUGUCAAAUGUAUAAAUAGAGAGGGCUGGGGAUGAACAUUUGCAGUCCUGAAGCUUAUCAGGCUGUGCAGCUAAAUUUGGGUUGCGGUUUGACUCUUGCCUGCUGUCACCAUGAGCUGUGGCACCAAAUCUUCCACCAGUACCAUCAGAAUUAGCAGCGGAGGGGGAGGAGGAGGUGGUGGUGGUGGAAGAUGCAGUGGUGGAGGUGGUGGAGGGGGUAGGUCUGGUGGAUACUCCUCAGUGUCCUCAAGAAGAUACACCUCUUCUGGAGGCAGCGGGGGCUUUUCUGGCAGAAGCUUUGGUGGAGGAGGCUCCAGGAGCAGCUAUGGGGGAGGCUUUAGCAGUGGCAGCUGUGGCAGGAUCAGCCGCAGCAGCUAUGGGGGGAGAAUGAGUGGUGGUAGCUAUGGAGGAGGAAUGAGCUGUGGAAGUAUGGGAGGAGGACUUGGAUCAGGAGGGGGUGGAUUUGGGGGCAUGGGAGGUGGUUAUGGAGGUGGAUUUAGUGGCUUUGGGGGUAGUGGUGGCUUUGGUGGUGGUGGCAGCUAUGGAGGAGGCAGUUUUGGUGGCAUGGGCUUUGGGGAUGAUUCUGGCUUGCUCUCCACAAACGAGAAGCUGACCAUGCAGAACCUCAACGAUCGCCUGGCGUCGUACAUGGAUAAAGUGCGACGCUUGGAGGAGGAGAAUUCCCAACUUGAGCAGCUGAUCAGGGAGUGGUACAAAAAUCAAGCUCCCUCUCAGAGCAAGGAUUACAGCCAAUACUACAGGACAAUUGAGGAGCUGCAAAACCAGAUUGUUGGUGCCAAUGUGGACCUGAACAGGAUGCUUCUUGACAUGGACAACACCAGAAUGACUGUGGAUGACUUCAGACUGAAGUAUGAGACUGAAUAUACUCUCCACCAGAGUGUGGCAAGCGAUAUCAAUGGAUUACGCCCACUUUUGGAUCAACUGACUCUGUCCAGAUCUGACUUGGAGACACAGUUUGAGUCCCUGAAAGAGGAACUGAUCUUCCUGAAGAAGAACCACGAAGAGGAAAUGAGAGGACUGCAAGGCCAGUCUGGUGGAGAUGUCAAUGUGGAGGUCAAUGCUACUCCUGGCAUUAACUUAAUGGAAAAAUUGAACGAAAUGCGCUGCGAGUACGAGAGGCUCAUUGAGAACAACCGGAAGGAGGUGGAAAGCUGGUAUGAAACCAAGAUGGAAGAAGUUAAUCAACAAGUCCACUCCAGUGGCCAGGAGAUACAAUCAAGCAACCAGCAGAUCUCUGAGCUGAGGCGUGAAUAUCAGAGCCUGGAAAUUGAGCUGCAGUCACAGAUCAGCAUGAUAGACUCUCUGCAGUCCAACCUGGAUGACACGGAACGUCGUUAUAACAUGCAGCUGCAGCAGAUCCAGGGCAUGAUCGGGCCCCUGGAGGAGGAGCUGGCCAGCAUCCGCUGUGAGAUGGAGAGCCAGAACGAGGAGUACAAGAUGCUCCUGGGCAUAAAAACCCGCCUGGAGCAGGAGAUCCAGCAGUACCGGGCACUCCUGGAGGAGGGGCAGCAGGACCUCGUAAUCCCAGCAGGAGGAAUGGGAGGAGGAGGCAUGGGAGGAGGCAUGGGAGGUGGUAGAAUUGGAGGUGGUGGUUAUUCUGGAGGAGGAAGAGGAGGAGGUGGUGGCAUGAGUGGUGGCUACGGAGGUGGUGGCAGCGGAAUGGGAGGAGGCAUGGGAGGAGGAAGCUGUGGAGGAGGAAUGGGAGGGGGAAGUGGAGGAAUGGGAGGGGGAAGUGGAGGAAUGGGAGGAGGAAGCGGAGGAAUGGGAGGAGGAAGCGGUGGUGGAUGCAUUGGAGGAGGAGGAAGAACCUCAGGAGGCAUCAGCAGUUCCCACUCCUACUCUUCAUCUUCCCAGUCCCAGGCCUGCAGGAGUGGCGGUGAAAGCCAAGGAUAUGGAAGAAAAUCUUUUGACUAAGAAUUUACAUCAAGGAUCCUCCAGCACAAGACCUUUCAAAAGGAAACUGGCCCAAAUCCGCUGCAUUCCCCACACUCCCAAGGAAAGAUGAUGCUCUGAACAGUUCCUGGGAGGUGCAGGUGCCACCUCUCCCCUGCCCUGCAUGCUCUGUGCUGCUUCUGCCCACAAAGCUCUGCAGCUUUGCUCAUUGGCACUCAAACUGCUGCUUUACAGCUCCAACCUGUUUGGUACUCAGGUUGUUCUGAAUCAGGAAAAUGUCUCUAAUAAAAUUCAUUUCUGUCUGAUGCAA